AUGGCGGGCGCCGCCAAUAGCAGCCGGGCGCUGCUGCUUCUCCUCUGCGCGCUGCUCUACCUGGCGCGCCUCAGCUCAGGUGAGUCGAGGAAGGCGCGAGACCGUCGCAGCCUUCUGGCUCUUGCUCUCUCGCUCGCUCUCCUUUUUCUGGAACGCUUCGCCUCACCGGGUUGCGCGGGCGCGCAGUCUUGCGCCGCCGAGGAAGCCGGCCGGGACGCCGCUGGAUUUUUGUGUGCAUGGACUUGCAUAAGCAUGGGGAAGAAUUUUUUUCGCCGUUUUUCCAGCCGAGCUUCUUCCCGCUUUGUUUAUAGUACCUCGGACAGAGGGGGUUGUGCAUUAAAGGGGUGCGCUCUGUUGUUCUGGUUUGGGCAGUCUGAAGCCACAAUCCUAUAUGCAGAUCGUAUAUUUGGAAGGGUCCGCCAGGGUCAUCUAGUCCAACCCCCCUGCAAUGGAGGAAUCCAGGGGUGCCAACUUGAAUAAAAUAGUUGGGGGCCCAGGUAAGCUGCGCCCCAUAUAAUCGAUCACAUGAUGGGGCACACACACACACACCUAUUUGAAUGGCAGUGCCCAUCAACUUGAAGGGGGGUCUCUAAUAUUUUAUAGGGGCAGAAGGCACCUCAGCCCCUAGGAGAUGGACCCUGUGCACAAAUUUCAACCAAAGCAUCCGUGACAUGAUGGCCAUCCAAUCUCUUGCUUAAAAACCUCCAAGAAAGGAGAGUCUGUUCUUGUGGGAGUGCAUUCCACCGUCAAACAGCUCUUACUGUCAAAAAGUUGUUAUUGGUGUUUAGUCCAAAUCUCCUUUCUUGCAACUUGAAUCCAUUGGUUUGGGUCAUAGCCUCCCAAGCUGGAGCUACCUGGGUACAAGCUUAGGUUUUGGUUAAAAGAUUACUCUUCCCAAAGUGCGAGGAUGAAAUAGCAUGAAAGGUAUGGAGUGUGUUGGCUGUGUUUGGAAAUAUAGUCGCUUCAAGUUAUUACGAGGGAUGUUCAUGAUGCUCAAGGACAACAUUUGUAGAUAUGCAAGCCUUUCAGUAUUAAUGUUUCCCCGGUAGAACCUUUAAAAGGAAAAUAACAAAGAGGUACAGGUUUUCAGGAAUUUCCAAUGGAGGCUCAAAACAGAUUAUUCAUAAAUUGUAAAUGGGUCGCUGGCAACAGGUGUUUUUUAUUUCAUUGGAUUUUGUGGAAAAGGUAAAUCCAGUUGGAGUGGGGGAAUAAGGGCUAGCAUUUUGAUGCUAAUGUCACGUAUAAAAUAUGUUAGCAUUAGCAGCACUGAUCCCACAAUAAGCACCUGUGCUAGACAUCUUCCUCCACCCCAUUUCCCAACUUUUUUCUACAAGACCAUUUUCUACCUGAAAUCAUUUGGCGAUUCUGUGGCUUAAUGGCACUGUAUUUGUCUAGUUCUAUGUGAUGUGUGAAUUUGGUUCUUGUGGAUAUCACGGGAGCGGAUAUACUGGGGUACAGUCCUAUAAAAUAAAUGUAUUGUUCAGAACAGACAAUGGAAUGUGGAAUUUUUGGAAAUUUCAUGGAAUUAUUAAUUGUAUACAUCAUACAUCACAGACUGGAAUUAUGAACUGAUUGUUGGAUGCCUCAGAAGUGGACAUUUUGAGCUGUUUUUGUUAUAAUGGGUUUGUCUGGAAAUGAUUAGUGAAAUCUUAAUAUUGUAAGUCUUGAAAUAAAUAUUCAAGAUCAAUAUUUUAAACAAUUUGCACUGUUAGUUGCAACAAUUUUAUUGACAAAAUAUCUGUGCUGUCUUGCCUCACUUUCUAAAGCUAAUUAUGUCACAGUGUUGUCGUCUUUAGCUGGAUCUAAUAAGGGUAUUAGGAAACCAUUCCUGCCAGUUCUCUAAACCUGAGGUUUUUUGUUCUUAAUUACAUAGCAAUUUACUACAUUAAAAAACCCCAGUACAAAACACUUAAACUUGAUCAUUACCUCCUAAUACCUUCCUCUUCAUUUUCUGAAUAGUGUAUAUGUUUGUUUGUUUUUAUUUAAUUUUCUAAUUUGGGUAUUGAUACAUCUAUUCUAUAAAGAAUUAUUGUUAAGUGGAUAUACUAAGGAGUACAUGCUCAUUGUAAACAGAAUUCAGUUUAUGUAUAGUUUUAGUUUGUAGAAUUACUUUUCUUACAAUUUGUUUUUCAACAAGAAUAGAAGCAUGCAUAACAAAAAAAGAUUGAUGGCCCAUAUAACUGAAUGUAAUCUGCCAGUUUUUAAUGACCAAAAUCUAAAUUAUUGCUUCUGAAGCUUGGGAACCCUCUUAAUAAAACAUUUUUGUCAAGCAUUAGAAUGGGUUUAAAGCUUGAGGAAAAUUACAGACUGUUCCCAGAAUAAUAAACAAUGUUGUGAAGCUGAGGCUGUGAGGAGCAUAUAAAUGUCCCUGAAUAGAAAAGAAAUCUGUCUGGAAGUGGAGCAUAAGUAAAUGAACCUUCUCUGCAUAUUCAGCAUUGAAAAGGGGUUAUUUUGCUAAGGUCCAUUGAGACUACCAUCCUGUUCCCCAUAGUGGCCAAUCCGAUACUACAGAGAAGCUCACAAGCUGGGCAUGAAGUCAGUACCCCUCUCCCAUUGUUUCUCCCCAACAGCUGGAGGCUCCAUACAUCCAACCACUUAUAAGACUAACUCUCCAUGAAUAAAUACAAUGAGAGUGUGAGUCCACAUUUUCCUCUGCCAAAAUCUCAGGUCAGAAAUGAGAAACCUGUGGCCCUCCUGGUGUUGACUCCCAGUUCCCAUCAGCCCAGCUAGAAUGGCCAGUGGCAGGGGACUAUGGGUUCUUCUGGCACAACAUCGCACCCUUUUUCUCUUCUUCUCCCACACGCUCUCCAAAAUCUUCUCCAGAGCUGAUUUUGAGGGGAUGCCAGGGUUGGGGCUUGGAGAGGAGGGGAGGUUCUCUUCUGCCAGUACAAAUCUCUGUGCCCUGUGGAAGUUGUCGUCCAGCAAAAGGACUACGGCAAUACUUAGAUAUUUUGGGCAUAUCGACCAUGCAGAUUUGGACUGACUUAACAGUCAUUCCUGUCCAACCCUGGAAACUAGUUUUGUGAUAGGAAUUGGGGGUCUUGGUACCAUCUAUAAGCUUUGUGAAUGGCCAUGAAACUGAUAAACUGAUACAUUUUGUAGUUAAACCCUUAGCCAUUUGUUGCACACAAAGAACUGUGGGCCAUGGAGUAAGCCAUAUAUUGCCUGACUAAUCCUUGUUCUAUUUCUACUUUUAAAGGCAACUCUGAAGUAAUGAAAGCAGUCAACAUUACCUGGUCAUCCAUCAAUUUUAAGACAAUACUACAAUGGGAGCCCAAGCCAGUCAACUAUUUUUAUACAGUUGAAAUAGAUGGGUAAGUUGAACAUAAACAUGGAGAUUGCUACCACACGUCUAGCCUGGUCUUACUGUAGUUAUUUGAAAGUAAGAACAAUUGGUUUCACUGAUUUUGCAUGGGGCUGCAGUUUAAUGCAUACUCUUACCACCCUUCACCCUUCAAAAGCAAAGCCACAGUUGAAUGCAGAUUUGAGAAUGAAGACUUGAGAUCUGAAGCUUUCUACUCCCUCAUUAAAAAAAAUAUAUCCAGCUACAUAGGCUUGAAUUGUGUCCCUCUUCUUCUGAUUACCACGAGGCCUAAUUAGUCUGUUUGCAUAUUAAGUAGAAUUUGUUCCUAAGUAGACUGUUAAUUUCUUUUUCUCUCCACAUCCUUCUGUUGCCUACAAGGCAAAAAAAGCAGUUUACAUGGGAUUAGCUUUAACAAGAGUGCUUCCACAUGGAGGAAAGUCUACCAUUUGGUAAUUGUAGUAUCUUUGUGCCAGUCUAUCGCUGAUCUGUGUAAUAUGCACUGUGCUGUGAGUAAAUUGUGCAUGCUCUAACGUAACUGAACUAUGGAAUCCCAGCAGCAGAACUGGGUACAACUGCUAAUAUUAGACCAGGAGUGGGAAACCUGUGGCCUGCCAGAUGUUGCUGGACUACAGUUGCCACCAUCCCUGACUAUUGGCCAUGCUGGCUGCGGCUGAUGGGGAGUUGGAGUCAAACACCACCUGGAACGCCACAGGUUGCCCAACCUUGUUCUAGACUCUGCAUGAGUUUCAAAGUGCCUUGGGGGACACUGUUUUUCUUCUCCACUAGAUCAGCUAAGCAAAGGGAGAUGAUGAAGAUCGAUAAGUUUUAAAAUGAUUACUUUGGUUGCUGCUUUUGUUUUGUUUUUAAGCAAAGAGAGCUGGUCAGACAAUACUGAUGUAAAUAGCAUUGUACUUUGUAUCUGACAAGGACUGUAUGGUGGUGCUUUCUGCUAACUUUUGGCAGUGAUGAGGUGUACAUUCUGAUAUUACUGCAGUUAGCCAGGUAUCGCCACUUAACACACUGGUAUAUUCCCCACUGAAAUAAAAAAAAAGGUUGCCCAGAAUUGUGCCUUAUGUAAAAUAACUGUUUCAUGAUCAACAUGGUAUUUCUGGGGGGAAAUGAUCUAAUUUUGAUAAAUACUGUGCUGCACUUACUUCAGACCUUUGUAGUUAGCUACCUGUCACUGCUAAUAUGAAAUUUCAUACUUAGUUACCUGUAAUAUCUAGGAAUUACACGAAGGUUGUUAAUGAUUAACAAUUCAGGAAGGGAUGAUAGCUCAGUGGAGAGUACACGGUUUGCAUUUGAAAGCCAGAUCCUGGUAUUUCCAGGUAGAACUGAGAAUAUCACCUCUGCCACCCUGGAAAGCUGCUACCCAUCAUUGUCAACAAAUACUGAGCUAGAUGGACUGUUAGCCGGACUUGGUAUAAGGCAGCUCCCUAUGUUCCAGUAUCAACAAAGAUAUCAAAGCUAUGCAUUUUCCUGCUACCUACUGUGUUUUAAUUAACAAAGUUGCCCUAUAAGUAAAGUUAUUGGAAGUGGCUAUUUCCUAUUAAUUCACAGGCAUGAAACUUUUAUCUCCCUAAUUAUACUCUUCAUUGCAUAUUAACAUACACAGACAAGCUCACAGCUGGUUUUGUUAAUUUGAUUGGACCUGUUUACAAAACAGACAAACUUCAUUAUCGUGAAAUACAUUCAUUCUAUGAAAUAUUAGCUAAUGCAGUAUGCUCUUGAUCUUUACAGGGACCGAUUAGUUCGGAAGAAAAUAUGCAUUCACACUUCGGCAACUGAAUGCGACGUUACAAAUGCACUGAAGGAUGUAAAAGAUGUCUACGUUGCUCGCAUAUAUUCCGAAGUGCCAAACAGGGACCCUGAUGAUUUUGAUAUCCCACCUUAUGAAGUGUCUUCAGAGUUCAUACCUUACGCCCAAAGUAAGUAAAAAUAUAUUAGCUCUUCUUUGUUUUUUUUCCACAGCAUGGGGCUCUGCACACAGAUUCUAAGUCUUACAAAGUGUUGAUAUACUUGUCCGUGCACCAGACCUGUAUAAAAGUUUAUAUAGAGAAGGCAUCCUAUCUGUCUGCUAUGCAGCCCUGAAAUUCACGGUUAAGGAACAAAACAUUAGUUGUGCAGGAAAUCCAUGCAUUAAAUGCAGCUGUAGGAAGGCAAGGCUAAUUUGACUGGGAGCAGCAAUGGUGAGAAUAUUUCCUCUACACCAUUCCCCCAGUCAAAAUUGCCUUUUCCUUUGCUGCGGUUGCUGCUUGCACCAAGGGGAGAAAAACUGAGGACAACCCUGUACCUCUUUCCUCCGUGUGUAGCACUAUUGGUAGGAAAAAUGGCGCAGCAGAGGGAAAGAUUAAACAUCUUCCCCCUCCUCUGCUUCAAUUAAACUGGCAAUGCCCUCACAGCACACACAUAUUGUUUAAAUAAUGCUGACAUACUAACUCACGCAAGUGGCUGUAAACGUGUGCUUUCUCACUAGACCAUCCUACCUGGGAUACCAUUUUGGUCCUGCGUUUUGUACCAUAGCUUGCAGAGUUUGUAUCGUAGGAUUCUUGUUGAUGUACAUUGGUUCUUACGCAGACAGGCAUGCCAACCAACAUGCUGGGCCCAUGGAGCAAGGAGCCAUAGCCAAGAUCUCCCUCCCCAUACAAAAGACGCCAAACAGUGUCGCCUUUCAUUUCUCUCUUUCUGUUGUUACUAAUAACAUUAUGAUUUAUGGCACACUGUGGUGCACCGCAUUGUAAGUGCUUGUACGGCAAGCAAAUCAGUCUUCAAGUCAGGUUUUGUGACAGGAGUGGGGAACCUCAGGCCCAGCGACCAAAUGUCACCCUUUAGACCUAACUGCAGAUUCUCCCAGGCCCCACACCAGCUCUGCUAUGUACCCUCAAGUGCUUUUGCCUGGUGAAAAUGUGUCCUUCAAUUGUGAUCAUGCUUCUCACUUUCCUGAAUGGGAGAGGUGGACAUGUAGAAACCUUUUAUUUUUGUGUAGCUGAAAUGUGGCCUACUGUGAAAAGUGAACACUGUUUAAAUUGCUCUGCCUGCUCCACUGGCAUGCGGCCCCUGGAAAGCUGCCUAUGAUAAAGUGUGGCCCUCAAGCUGAAAAAAGUUUUCCCCUUGCCCUUCUCUAUAAUGCCCUAAGUCAGGGCUGUCUAACUACCAAGAGACUGUGAUCUACUCCCACUAUAAAAAAACUGGUUGAGAUUUUUUUUGGAAGCCAGAGUUGUUGAGCUUAGGCCUCCCCUAAGACAUCUCCUUAAUUAUGCCAUGAGAAUAUAGCACAGCAAAGCUUUACAGCACAGUCCUGAAAGCUUACUGUGGCUCUUUGGUAAUAAAAUCCACUAGGAUAAGGUUACCAGAUUUUUUUCAAUGAAUCUGGGGACACUUUUCAAUUUCCUACUAAAUAGAUGGAUUUUGUCAGGGGACUGAUUUGCAAAUCCGGGGACUGUCCCUGGGAAAUGGGGACGUCUGGUAACUUUACGCUAGGAAGUCCUUUCUGCUGGGGAUAACCCGGACUGAAAUUCCCAGGUGCCAGAAAAGGUUAUUUAUGUAUGUAACAAUUGAGGCCCGUGUUUUCUUAGCCCCAAAAUGGAAAGUGAGCGAGGUAACUAAAGAGGAUUGGCAACUUAAGUUGACAGAAAAUGCACAACUUGCAGAUCUAACAUACAUAAAAAGAGAGCAAGAAGAACACAUGUUUAAAGAAGAUUGAAAAACAUUUUUUGAGUAUAUGGAAAGUAACUGUGUACAGUUGAAAACGCUGGCAGCAUUAAAAUAAAUUCAACAGAGUAAAUAAUCCUUGAUGGAUGCAAAAGUGGAAAAUUGAUUUGAAUGGUUACAGUAAAAUAUGCAGGGAUGUAUAAUAUGUAAAAUGAACCAUGGAAAGAGAAGAAGGGAAGUCAUUGGAUACUUUAAAGUUUGUAAAAUGUUUAUUUGAAAUUGUAAAAAUGAAAAAUUGAUUUAAAAAAUUAAUUUUUUUUAAAAAGAACCCUGCUCGGAGUUGAUUUUUAAUCAGUACAAAAACCACUUCUCUUCUAGCUGAGAUUGGCGUGCCAACAAUCAAAAGUUUUGAACAAAAAGAGAAAACUUUGAAAGUGGAGAUAGCAGAUCCUCUAACGCCUUACAGAUUUGAAGGAAAUGGAAGCUUUCGAAGUAUUAGGGACAUAUUCAAAGAUGAUCUAGAAUACACACUGUACUAUUGGAAAGAUCAAAGUACAGGAAAGGUGAGCAUCUGUUUUCAAUCUCCCAAGUCUUUAAUUUCCUUAAUGUUUAUAAUAAGUACAAAGGACAAGCUGGCAAUCUAAACUAAAUUUCUACUUAAAAGAAAUGAACUAUAGCCUUAAAAAGAGUUCAGUACUUUAAUAUUCUGGUCGGAGGCUGUUCUCCAGGUUCCCCAGCCAUCUGAAGUGUGGUGCUAUUGAAGAAAGGGGCUUUCAGCGGCAAAACCAUAGUUUUUGGAAUGCUGUCCCAAAAGAAGUUUUCCCAGUGCCUAUUCUGGUGGAAUUUGCUCCCACAAGUGGUAGUGAUGACCCUUGACUUGGAUGGCUUUAAAAUAUGGCCAGAUAAAUUCCUGGAGGAUAAGGCUAUGUUCUUCCUCUGCAGUUGGAGGCAGUAUGCCUUUGAAUGCCUUUUGCUGGAAAUCUCAAAGUGGGGGAGAGGUUCUGCUUUUGCGUUUCUCAUAGAUAUAAGCUUAGAAAAGAAUGCAGGACUAAAUGGGUGCCAGCAGGAAUCUUUUUAGGUUCUUAUUAUGCCUUUCUAGCCCUAAGUAAAUACCUUCUUAUCUUUACAGACUUUCAGAUUAGUAUUGGUCUGUUUUUAUUUGGACGCUACUUUUGCAGAGCUACUGCUUUUAGCUUAUUUCAUAUUUUAUCGUGCCCUGAUAUUGUAUUUGAAUGGCAUAACCCUGCAAACGCUAUUAUUUAAUCCAUAAAGUUUAUGCCUCUGCAUAAAAAGUUAAAGGAGACCAAAGUUAAUAUAUAUUUAUCUUCUUUUGUUUUUGAUGUUAAAAUUUUAAUCCGUAUUAAGUAUUAACCUUUUUCAUAUUGCAAAAAGGUUAAUGUUAGGUACUUAAAAGUAGAGGCUGAUGCUAAUACUCUUCCUUAAAUUUGUUAUACAUUUACAAACAGAUCUAUCUUUAUCUUAACCUAGUUUAUUUAAGUAUUUGAAAUAUGUCGAAAGCUUCUUUCAAGAAAAUGGUGUUUCGAAGGCUACCUUCAUUAGUAACAAAUGCACAAUUUUAUGAACGUUAAACAUUAAACAUACAGUUCAAUUUACAAUGAAACAAUCAGUUUAAACAAACCCAGUACAACAAAAUUCAACAGUCACCAACCACCACCAGCAUGCAACUAUUAACUUCCUGUUCCUACAACCACUUUUUUAAAUUUAAUGAUAUGACUAUUAAGAUGAAAGUACCUUUUCUCCUUUGAGCCUUUAACCUACUAUGUACUUUGGACUUGCUUAAUCUGUAUUCAGAGUGAAGAACUACAUUACUUGCAAAUACAUCUUCAAAUACUUUUUUUCUGAUUGUAGAAACAGGAAAACACAAAAAGCAACCUCUUUGAAAUCCGUAUCGACAAAGAGAAGAACUACUGCUUCUAUGUUCAAGCUACUGUUCCAUCACGCUCAACAGACCGUAGCAGUCAAAAAAGCAGUGUAAAAUGUACUAGUGUUAGAAGAGACGAACUGGAUGGUAUGUAUCAUGACACCACAAACUUAGCCUUUGGUAUAUAAAUCAUUCCUAUCAAAUUACUUUAAGCCCUUGCUGAUGGAUUUCAGUUUAGACUGCUUUCUGUGAAAGCUGUUGCCCAGUGAUCUCUAGGUGCAUUCAGUGUUUUACCUAUUUCUUGCUGCUGCAAAGUUGGCACUGCAGAUAGUCAGAAGUAGUUUCCUUUCCCAAAAUUGUGUUUUCAUCUGGUCACUUUCUUUCUUUCACAAGGACUGUCCACUUUUCCCCUAAGAGCCAAAUUCAUAUCCAGAAGUAUCGCCAUCCCAGUAUGGAAUUUUGUGGCAUAUAUAUUUCCCAAUGCAAAACAUCUAAGGCAUACAUAUGUUAACUAUGUAGCACAAUUCUUUGUAAGCUUUAAUCAGAAGCAAAUCCCAAUCAAACUUGGCUGCCAUGUCAAUGUGCAUAUGCUUGAAGCCUUAAAUGUGGAGGACCUGGAAUUCCUAGAAGGGCUGUAUCACAUCAUUGUUCUGAAUGCGUAGGUGGGUUCUAACCAACUUUUGAGUCCUGCAUUGGAGCAAAUCUAUGUUGUUUGUUUGUUUAAGUAUGAAGUAGUUUCAUAAAAAAUACAUCAUGCUUGGCAGAAGGACUGAUUCCACAUUAAAGGGAUGUGGGCUUUUUUGAGGACUACAGACCAAUUAGAUGUCGCAAGAAUGAUGCGGGCUGCUUGGUUUAAGCAACAAACAUAGGGAGCUAUGUUAGAGAAGGGUUCAGACCACAUUGUGUAUCCCAUGUUUAAACACCAGCCCUGCUUUAUAUAUGAUUGUUACAGACACAUAAUUAAACUAAUGUGAUGCCCUGCUUAGGACUCUAAGAUUUUAGCCUUCAAGAGAAACAGCUCAACAUAUUUCAGGUUUGGAAUCCAGAUUAGUUUUAUUCUGAAAACAUAUCCAAUAGCUGUUGGGUGAAAAGCAUGUCCUUGAACUGACUUUGUGUCUUUUUUUCUUCUUCUUCAGGUCUUGAAUUAGAAGUAAUUCUUAUAAUAGUAGCUGUUGCAGUUGGAAUCAUCGCUCUAAUUAUUAUUUUAUCUGUGGUUGCAUAUAAAUGCACAAGAUCAAAGCCAGCAGCAACAAAAAAAGAGAGUGUGCCCCUAAAUGCAUAA